AUGAAAGACCAAUCUUACGACGCCCCGAUCGACUCUCGAGACCUAACGAAACGUUUGAAUCUCCUGCAGAAGUCCGCAUCCACACCAAACGAUGGAGACUAUGUCUCUCGACUGCCUAGAAUGUCAAGAUCCGGAACCACCUCCUCUUCUGACAACGCAUUCAUGCAUCGACUACCAGCCUUCCGCAAGAGUCCCACUUCUUCCACGACGGGCAGCGAUGAAGUGUCUAGACUCGAAGUCAUUCGUACCAUUCCCACUUCCAAGACGCACAGAGAAAGCGUCGAAGUUGCGCAGGGACAGUUCUCCAAGCCACGAGUCCGACGCAGGAGGGAGAGCAACGAGAGCACAAAGAGCCAGAAGGAGUUCCAGUACUACGGGAGGCACGCGAACAGCUGGCUCUUCAAUGACUUCAGCAUCACUGAUACUGUCAAGAAGGGCUUCGGGAAGGUCUUCUCCAAGGAUGACAGGGAUAACUAG